CCACAGCCUGCACCGUCAACUUCUCCACAUGCAUCAGAACAUUCCCCAGCAUGCCUUCACUCCCGUCCUGCACCAGUCCUCGAGCAUCCUGCCAAAUCCAGCAUUGAUGGGACCUCAGGACGGAAAUUUUAACACAAACCUGCCCGGACAAACAAUGAGGACCUUCUUUGCACCCAUCACAGCCUCGCACAGAGCAACAAAAAGAUCCUUUAACUCAACAAGACGAGGGAGAUGGGGCGCACUGCACGUGUGUAUUGCGUGGAAAAUUUACUACCACAAACAACUCAAGAAACUGCAACAAAUGCACAGCAGUCAACAGGAGCUGACACCUGAGUGUCCUGCUAGCAGUCCCUCUGCCUCUGUGCAACAAAAGGAAAUACACCAGCCGUGUGCACACUCAUGUUCAGGUGGAAGCAAGAGUGUAACUGCAAGCUGUGACAGUUCUGUCUCCGACCUUCAAACGCCUCCACCAGUGUCUACCCACAGCCGUGCAAACUGGGAGAAACUUGACUGUGAGAAGCAGGACCGGCACUCAACACCUGAUGAGAAAGAGAAGCACCAGAUCCGCCAAUCUAGCCCAACAAAGGAUUUAACUCAUAAAGAGAAGUUCAGGGAAUUAAUAGUCACUUCUGACCUUGAUGGCAGACACAGCAGAUCGCUUGACAGGAAGAGGCAGUUUGAGUGUGAAGCCAUCAACAAAGCAAAGAGAAUGAGGCACGAAAUGUUCAACACAUUAGAUUUAAUGCGUCUUAUCCAGGCACCAAGUCGCAUCCCUGCCAAACUUCUUCAUGGGAGACAAUGA